AAGUAUGGCGUGGUUGAUGUGUGUUAUGCUAAUUGGUGCUCUUUAUUCGAUUGUUUGGAUUGUUCUCUUCAUUUUUCCGGAAUUAAUCCACAAACCAAAAAAGAAUCAGAUUCGUGGCAAGUUAAUCGCACAUCGAGGAGGUGCAGGGGAAGAAUUGGAAAAUACCCUUACAGCAUUUAAACGUGCUGCAGAGAAGGAUGUCCAUAUGCUGGAGCUUGAUUGCUAUUUGACGAGGGAUAGUCACGUGGUAGUUUCACACGAUCCACAUUUACUCAACCUAACUGGUGAAGAUGUCUACAUUCAUGACAUAGAUUACAAGGAUCUUCCAUGCCUAAAACCUGUUUUGGAACUGGAUUUUGCAAAAGAAACUUCAGGUCAGACAUGUUGCGGUAAUCCCAAUGACAGGAACAUUCCAUUGCUUCGAGAGGUCUUUGAACAAUGUCCAGGGGUGCCAAUUAAUCUGGAUGUCGGGACAGACAAUGAUGUCCUCAUUGAUCAGGCAAGAAACGUAGUGUGUCUCAUCAUUUUUCAGGUGAUCAAAAUGGUGAUUGAAUUCAAGAGAGAGGAUAUCACUAUUCUUGGCAACACCAAUGAAAGCAUGACGCGAAAGCUUCAUGCAAAGGCUCCUGAACUACUGUUAUUCUUCAGUGAGCAAAGUUUCUAUCGUCUUCUGAAAGUUUUCUACCUUGGCGUUAUCCCGUUUGUUAGUUUCAAGGAGAGUUUCUUAGAGAUACCACUUGGAUCGGUUCUAAAAGAUGCCGGUAUGAAAAACUGGAUAUUUACAUCCUUCCCCCGAAUUUAUGAUGUUGUGGUUUUAAACCCUCUUCUGAUCUUCCAUUUACAUCGUCGAGGAAUAAAGGUUUUUAUGUGGGUGCUGAACACAGAGGAACAAUGGGAACAAGGCUUUGCAUACGGUGCUGAUGCAGUGAUGACGGACUAUCCAUCAAAACUAAGAGACUAUACAAACAAGAAGAAGUUGUGAAAGAAUGAGAAAUAUUCCAGUCCAAACAUGUAUGAAGACCAUGUUCUGGAUGUCCAUGGUGUUAGCCAACGG